AUCAUUUUCCCUGUUAACAUGACAGAGGUAAAUUGAAUUAAAUCUGUGGUGAACAAAAUUUACCGAAAAUGAAACCAUCUUGUAUCUAUCUUGUUAUAUUAUUUUUACAUCCCUUCGAUCUGGUAAAUUGUGAUGAUUAUGAAGUGGAUUUAGAUUCUACUAACAAUUUAGACGAGUCAGAUAAAUCAGAUAAUGAUGAAUUCAAUGGACCGAGUAAUGUUACCAUCUUAUGGAAAGAGUUUGGGUUCCGAAUGGUUUGUGAUACUGACGAAUGGCGAGAACAAUUUGAUGCAAUUAAAUCACAAAUGAUUGAAUGUCUUCAAGUCAAGGAUAUUGUUUAUGAAGCUGAAGACGAACAAGAAUUUGAUAAACAUCGAAAACUUGUUGCUUUUUCUGGUAAACCUUCAGAGAGUCCAUAUUGUUGGUUAGCCAAAAAUUGGAGUAAAUGCUUGAGGUUCAUGGUGGGUUUAGAAUGCAUUGAACCCAAUCCUAAAUCAUUGAACACUAAUAGUCAAAACUCUUAUAUCAAGAAAUUGACUUCAUCUUAUAAUUCCGAUUACUUUUCAAACGAUCCUUAUGAUUGGAGAAACAUGAUUGCACCUUACAACGUGCUUUGUGAAAUGAUCAAAUUGCAAGCAAAAAGUAAUAUCUUUGAAACUCUGGGAGCUUGGCUUUAGAGUCUCACAGGGAAAUUUCCAACCACUAUCCGAUUUGCAUCCAAUUUGGGAUUAAGUCGAGAUCUGAUUUGGCUGCUAAUAUCAGCGUUUAGCCCAGUCUCAAGCAUUCAUCGGAAUCCAUUUAAAGAUUUCGCUUUAUUCACCUUAUCAGUAGUUAAACUUUAAGCAAAAAAAAUAAAAUAAACGGUAACCCAAAAAUUUUGU